AUGAGAGGGAUGGGAAUCUGUGCUUCAGUUUUAUCUUUGAUAAAUGUCCUACAUCCAUCUUUUUUCCAGCUUUCUGCCUGUGACUCUUUGGGCUGCGGAGCUUCUUCUUGGCCCCCCGUAGCAUUUCAAACUGCUCCCCAGACUAAUCCAAGCUCAUUGCCAGAGUGGCUGGUCGCCUCUGCCAACAUAACCGUCCUUUCUGCAAGCUCGAUUCAUCUAUCAGCUCUUCUUCUGCCUUCUACAACUGCUGAUUUGGCCGCCGAUCCUGGCGAUAGUGGGUCUGUCGUCGGGACUGGUAGCACGGAGGCGAAAAAUAUAUUACGAGUAGGUGGAGCCUAG